AUGGGGAUGGUAACCACUGUCAAGUCUGAAAUGAGGCCAUUGAAGCAUCACUUGUGUUCCAUGGAAGUUCAUCCUCCUGUGGUUGUUAAGUCUGUCAAGCGUCAUAAAAGAGAGUCGUGUGCAUUUGUUAUUGGAGAACAGCCUCAGCCUCAGCCGGGCCAAGUUUUUCCGUCUACUACAACUACUGGUUUGAAGAGAAGUUCAAGAUUCCGAGGAGUCAGCAGGCAUAGGUGGACUGGAAGAUUUGAAGCUCACCUAUGGGAUAAAGGGUCCUGGAAUGCAACACAGAGGAAGAAGGGAAAGCAAGUUUAUCUUGGAGCUUAUAAUGUUGAAGAAACUGCAGCAAGGGCAUAUGAUUUGGCAGCAAUCAAGUAUUGGGGCCCUACAACCUUCACAAAUUUCUCGGUAUCGGAUUAUGAGAUAGAGAUGGAAAUAAUGCAGAAUGUAACGAAAGAAGAGUACUUGGCAUCUUUGAGAAGGAAAAGCAGUGGUUUCUCAAGAGGUGUAUCCAAGUACAGAGGAGUUGCAAG